AUGGAAGAUGAAUCUGAUUUGGAAGAUCUUGAAGAUGAAGAUGAUGGCGAGUUUUUGGGUCUUGAAGAUUCUGAGGAUGGUGAAGAUGAUUCUUUGAUGGAUGAGGAGGACGAUUCUUCGAUUUUUGAUGAAGAGGAAGAUGAAAAGAGUGAUCCUGACACUUCGCGAGAAUUGGUCGACUUAAACAUUACUGGGUAUAAUAUUUCUACAAACACUUCAAAUUGUAUUGUUCUCAAUGCACAGAAGGAUUAUUCUACAGCUGCAAACCCAUUUAAAUUAUUCAAAUUCUCUGCGGAUACUGAACAUUCCGUUCAAGUUGGAUUGAAAGUUUUGCAAUGGAUUCUGAGCCCAAUUGUGACUGAUACAUUUUUCAAUGACAUCUUGCAAAAACGAGUUCUUGUUUUGAAACGCGCUACAAAUGCUUAUUUUGAUGGAUUCUUUAAUAUUGGGGAUUUUAAGGAUAUGCUUAAGAAUAAUAAUGUUCUCUAUGGAAAGGAUGUUAAUGUUGCCAGUUAUGUUUCUGGUGUUAGACAAACCCAUAAUCCAUUAAAGAAAGAGAUGCAACGCGCUACAAUCACGAAUGCUCUGCAACAUUUUCAAAAUGGACGAUCACUUCAAUGUGUUCAUCCUCAAGUUUUUAAUGACAAAAUUUGUUAUUUAACUCCUGCUGGAACUGCUGGGUUUGCUCCGCAUUAUGACAAUAUUGAUGCUUUUAUUUUGCAAACUGAGGGCCGUAAACAUUGGAAAAUUUAUGCACCGGAAAGUUUGGAUGAUACUUUGCCUCUUGAAUCAAGUGAUAAUUUGAAUGAAUCUGAUUUUAUGGAACGUGAACCAGUUUUUGAUGGAUGGUUGGAUCAAGGGGAUGUUCUUUAUGUGCCACGGGGAUUUGCUCAUCAGGCCAAUACUGGUCAAGACAAACUUUCUCAUCAUGUCACUAUUAGUAUUUGCCGUAAAUUCUCUUAUGCCCAUUUCUUUGAACAAGCAUCAAGCGAAUUUAUUUUAUUAAUGACGGAAAAAUCAAAACGUUUGAGAGGCGCACUUCCUCCACAUUUUUUUGAUAUGUGUGGUAUGGCUGAUAUUGCAUAUCCUAAUGAAGACUCAUUGAACAAUAAAUUAAUUUAUGAAGAUGAAGGUACUGCCUGUAUUGUGCAUCGUAUGAACAAUUCUCGGCGUUAUGAUGAAAACAAGGAAGAGCUGACUUUUGAUUUUUCUACUGAGUUGGAGAAAGGAUACAUAACUUUAUGUAAUUCUUAUCCAAAAUGGAAAACUGUUCAGUCUUUGGGUUGUGCUUCGCUAGAGAAAAAUAUUGAAUUGGCAACUUUGCUUUUUAAUAAUUGCGUGCUUAUGUUACGUCAAAAGGAGAAGAAAUAA